ACCCUCCCUCAUACAAAAUGUCUAGCAAAAGAUCAACUUCCAGAAGCAAUGAAAAUGAUGAUUUUAGCCUCAAACUCCGAGAAUUGCUAUCAAAUAACAAGAAGAAGAAAAGAAAUGCAACAAAGCUUCUGGAUGAGACAUGCAGCCAUAUUAAGAGGCUUAAUGGAGAGAUUGAUAAUUUAAGCAAUCGGAUAUCGGAGUUAAUGGCCUCUCCAAACACCGAUAGUAGCAUUAAUGCAAACAUUCUUAAGCAACUUCUACAACAAUAAUCACUGCAAUUUUUGUUCUUGUAGUAACUUUUUCAAGUCAUUGUA